CGAAACACUCUAUUAGUAAUAUGGGAUGCGGAUGGAAGGCCAGAAGCAGAGAAGGAAGUACGACCAAGAGCUCCACGUCUAGCUUGUUUUAAUAAUAUUAAGGAGGAAUACUCGUUUAGGCUUAAGGAGUACUCUAUUAAGCAAUCGAAUUGGUUAAUGCAAAGCUCUCGGGAGAAUUAUAACAGAAUUCUGGACCGUAGCAGAAUAGCUCUUAUACGAGCUCAAACCUACCGAGUUACAGAACAACUCGCUUUAGUAAUUGAGGCUAAUAUGCUUAGAGAGCCCAAGCCCGUUAAUUGCUCUAUUCUAGAGCUUGCCGUACGAGAACGCUUGGUAAAGGGAUACGAGAAGCUAUAUGGGCAGCUUGAGAAGAAGGGUUAGAUAAAGAAUAGAGGGAAGUUACUAGGGGACUUUGAGUAUUAAUAGUAUAUAUAAUAUAGUUUCCUGGCUUUGGGCUUGCGGAGCCGUCCGGGGCUAGAGCUAGGCUUUUUUGGAACUAAGUAUACUACCGGAGACGUCUAGGGAUACUUUACUUCCUACCCCUUUUGGUUCUAUUAGCUUAAUAUAAGGCGUUAGGGAAUAACGGUUUCUUAGCUCUUAAUUAGGGGAGAUAGACUAUAUAUAUACACUCCUUUUUGCUUUGCUAGGGGUGCUCUAUAGGAGUACUUUACUAGCUAUUUCCUUUAUAUAUAGAAUUAGAAGCCUCUAGGGAGUGUGUCGUAUAUACGGGUACUAGGGAGCUUAGCUUCGCUUACUUAGCGGCCCCUUUUAUUU